CAAAACAAAAGCGAGUCGGACAUGAUUUCGCAGCGCGGUUAAUAUCGCAUACGUUUCAUUUUGACAACUUUAUUUAAUUUAUAACAUUAAUUAUUGUAUCUGGAGACGCUAAUAAUGGUAAUAUGUCAUGAGGAGACGCCGCGUUGAUACUAAGGAUUAAAAAACUUAUGAUUGCGCUGUACAGGCUCUCUACUCUUGGAGUCUUUGGAGCUCCCACGCCUGCAUAGACAAACAUGUAUCGCGGCAGUGGAGAGCGGGAUUUUCAGACGUCGGCCCGACGCAUGGGCACGUCACUGCUCUUCCAGCUGUCUGUGCAUGAGCGAGAACUGGACCUGGUAUUUCUUGACCACAGCUAUGCAAAGCCUUGGAAUGCACACCCAGAUGCCAGCAGUGCCAGGCCUACCAGGAUGCUGUUCAUCACACCACGCCGCCAGGCUGAUUCCUCUAUGGAAAAUUCUGAUGUGUCUAUUGAUGUGGAAACAGUCACUCCCACUCCGAUGCCUCUUUAUGACAACCAGAAAGCCCGCGGUGUGAUGAACGAGUGUGAACGGCACGUUCUGUUUGCACGAACCGUUGCUGAAGGACCUCCACCUCCAGACGACUGGGAAGAGCAUGUUAACAAAACUGGUUGGACCCUGGCUCAAAAUAAGCUCUUCAAUAAAGUCCUGAAGGCCUUGCAGGCUGAGAGACUGGCAAGGCUGGCAAAUGAAAGUGUGUGUAACGAGCCCGUCUUGCGCAGGAUCGCCGUGGAUAAAUGUGCCCGAAAGGUUCGGCAUGCACUGGCCAGUGUGAACUGGGAUGCCAAGCUGACCCAGUGGCUUCACAACACUCUGGUGGAGUCUCUGAGCUUGGCCAUGCUCGCUGCAUACUUGGAUGUCCUGCAGACUCUCAAAAGCAAAGUUCCCUCUUUGAUUGAGCGGAUGCUUCCAGCGUCGUCCACCAAAUCUGGUGCAGCAGUGACUGAGGCACUGUCACUGCUCUUAAAACGACCAUGGGACCCGGCUGUGGGGGUGCUGUCCCAGAACAAACCGAGUAAACUUCCUGGUUCCCCUUUGAUCCUGAUUUGUCCAUCAGGACCGAGCGUUCCCGUCUUCUCUACCUCCCGCCGGAUGAGAUUCUGGCAGUCACAGCUCUCCUGUUUAGGAAAGGUCAUUCCUAUAAACACCCAUGUGGGCAGUGGAGCUAACAUCAGUGUCAGUCAGUGUUUGGAGCACAUGAUCGGCACUGUCAGGGGGAAAGUUAUUGAGGUUCACAGUCACUUUCCCCAUAAACCACUCAUCCUGGUUGGCUGGAAUGUUGGCGCUCUUAUCGCUUGCCAUGUUUCCGUUAUGGAGCAUGUGUCUGCAGUUGUGUGUCUGGGAUUCCCUCUCCAAACAGCCAAUGGACUUAGAGGGGAUGUGGACGACCCCAUGUUGGAUAUGAGGGCACCUGUGCUGUUUGUGGUGGGUCAGGCUGCGUUGCAGUGUAGCUUAGAGAACAUGGAGGAGUUCAGGGAAAAGAUCAGAGCAGACAACAGCAUGGUGAUCGUUGGAGGGGCUGAUGACAACCUCAGGAUCGGUUCCUCAAAGAUGAAAUCUGAGGGCCUGACGCAGACUAUGGUGGAUCGCUGCAUUCAGGAUGAGAUAGUGGACUUCCUGACUGGAAUACUGAUGCGAGCAGAAAGCUCCGGUCUCACCUCGGGAGAAACACGGGACCUUGAUGCAGAAAAAAAGAAGAAACCACGCCGUGAGUUACCAUUUGACACUGAGAGGACACGCCCGUCCUCACCUGCCAUCAGGGUCCCAAUCUCCCCCUCAGGAUCUGAGGACAUGUCCAGUGUGUGCAGCAGUCCCACAGCCAGUCCCAAACCCAAGAACACCACUCUGUCACCAGCUCAGAAAUCGAGUCUAAUCACCGCCACGCAGCUCCUCAAAACACACAUGCAGAGAUCAGGAAUGAUGCUCACACACAAACAGGCUCAAGCUCAGUUCGCUGCCUUUAUGAAACAGAACAUGCUGGUGAGGAAGACUGUUUCUCCUGGCAGCUCUUCCUGUCUGUUUGUGCCCGUUUCCGGAGACCAGAUGGAGGGUUUGGAGCAGAAUGAGCCACGCCUACAUCUGAAAAGGAAGCAGACACCCAGUCCCACAAUUCCCAUGAAAUCAUCAAAAAGGGCCAAAAUCAAGGUCACCAUCGUGUCCCAUGGUGAAGCAGGUGCGACGGCACCUUCUUCUGCCCAAGAAGUAGGAGCGUCUGCAAAGCCUCUCACAGCCACUAUAGGACAGACAUUAUCGGGGACCAAAGACCUUACUGGACUGUUGACCUCACAAAGAUCUAGCACCCUGACGGACGUCUCCGGUGGUACUUCCUUCCACAGUCUACAGGCCUCCACCGCCCAGGUCCAGACGUCUGCACAAGCUACUCCAGCUUGUAGCCUGUUGCACGGCCUAAGUUACAACCUUCAAGAGAUCAACACCAAAUCCCCGGGCCUGCCCACCAGUUCACAGGCUCCAGUUGCCAAGUCUCACGGACAGAUGUUAACCUCUCUCAGUCCAGCAGGUGGCACUCUAGUCCGUGCUGUUCCUGUCGUCUCCGCUGGUUCUGCCGGGACUAAGAGCACAGCCAUCCACCAGCUUCUCACCAACGGAGGUUUGGCCAAGCUGGCCAACAGCUUGCCGGGACUGGCCCACGUUGCCAAUCAGGGCGCUGGUCUGAAAGCCCCAACUACAAUAACAGUAACACUGAGAGGCCAGCCGGGUCGAGUUCAGGCUCUGGGCCACGCCACAGCCAUACUGCCGCCCCACAAUGCACCUGAGCACCAGUGACCAUAAACUUGAUGACCAAUGAUGACCAUCUCCAUGCUGAAGCUCUUGGAGAUGCAGCACAUGAUGUCUUCACCUGUGCACUGAUACCCUGCACAGAUCUAACACACGGUUGUGUGUGUGAAAAAGUAAUUGCCCCCUCUUUCUGAUUUCCUGUCAGGUCAUGUCACACUGUGUGAUUUCAAAAUGUUAACAAAACAUCAAGAAAGACUUGAGUAAAAAUGCAACAGAUUUUGAAAAAAAGCAUUUUAUUAUUUGUUUAUAAUUUAUUCCACCCUUGUGGAACAGUAGUUGCCCCCAAUAGGAUUGAAUCACAUUUUGCAGCGAUGACUGUGACUAAAUGUCACUGUGGAGAAAUUCUAGCUCCACUUUUCUUUACAGAUCUGCUUUUAAUCAGACGUCCCGCUAUUUUUAGGGAUGGACAUAUGAUUUUUUUUACAAGACUUUUGGUUGUAAAUCCAUUCCUCAAUAACAGUAAUUCAUUCUGGUCCUGAUGCAGCAAAGCAUUUCUAUCUUGUUUGACUAUUGGUAUACCUCUCCUAAUAUAAAAUGCUGUUUUUGUACAAUCCUUUCAGUUUUAAGUUAUCUCUCCAUAGAACGUUAUUGCAAAAGGUUUUACUCCUGAAUAGAUUUACCAGUAUUUGUGUUUCCUCCAGCUGAUAUUGUUGCUCUCACUGUGAUUCCCUGGAGUCUUACAAGCUACUUGAUAACCCUUUCCAAAAUGAUAAAUGUUACAGUAUAUGGGCAAAGUUAAACCCCUCUGUUUUACUCUCAUCAAUUGUCCACAAACACUCACUCACUUUCUUAACCGCUUAUCCAGUUAGGCUCGCAGGGGGGUGCUGGAGCCUAUCCCAGCUUUUCAAUGGGCGCAAGGCACACAGUAACACCCUGGACGGGGCGCCAGUCCAUCGCAGGACAGACACACAUACACCCAUUCACCUAUAGGGCAAUUCAGUGUCUCCAAUUAACCUGACUGCAUGUUUCUGGACUGUGGGAGGAAACCGGAGCUCAAAGGUUUGACAAGUUAGAUUUAAAGGAGGUCCAGUGAUUGGCAGAGCCUUGACCAUUAAACCACAGAGCCAUUAACACCUAUGAGAUGAAUUGGUUUGUAAAUUGUGAACCAGGACUAAACAUGAGGGGUGAUAUUCGUGUUGGAAGACUUGUUCCUCUCAAAAAUCAAGCUCAUGUUCUACAAAAUGUUCUGUGCUUUUACUUAAGUUCUCUUUGUGUGUGUUAUAAUAUUUUAUUGUAAUUUAUUUCAUCCUGUGGAGGUACACAUGCAGAGAAAAUCAGAAAGGGGGCGAUUCCUGUUUUACACAACUCCAACUGAUCGCACAGCGUUUCUGGCUAACAUGUUUAAGCCUGAACUGAAGAAACAUCUUUUCACUGAAGUACUGAUUUUACCAGCUGUGCUAUUGGUGGAGUUUUGUGAUUCAGUAUUUUCCAAUGAACGAUUACAAGUCUGAGUCGAGGUCAGUUAAUGGGAAUGAUACUGAUUAAUGCUGACACUGCAAUACGUUUAUUACAGUCUGGAUGUAAGUUACCACAGAGCAUCAUUAUACUGUUCAUCUGUGUGUUUAUAUGAUGUCAAAUAAACUGUAUAGAACAGA